AUGUUUAGAGAAGAGGCAAGACAGCUGUGAUUCAAAACUGAAAACAGAAGAAUGAAAAUAAAAGAUAAAAUAAUUAUUCAGAAGUACUACUUAAAUGUCUUCAAUGGAAUUUUCUUGGCUCUGGGUCUUAUGCUUUUGACAUUUGGCCUGUGGCUUUUAUUUGACAGAAACAAUUUAUUCAGUGUGUUAUUUUCUUCAGGCAAGAACCAACUAGCGGCAUUUAUUUCCUAUAUAUUACUUGGAAUUGUAUCUGUUAUUACUUUUACAUCAGCCAUGGGAUUACUUGGAAGUGUUGUGGAAGUCAAAUGUCUACUAGUUACAUAUAUGAGUUUUCAAAUCCUAGUGUUUGUUACCCAUAUGGCAAUACUGCUGCUUAUAUUUGCAAAGAAAGAAGAGGUCCACAAUCAAUGGAACAACAGAAUUGAUGAAGUUAUUUCUGAAUAUGGGAACAAGAGUCUGGCUGAGCAGGAACCUGUGUGGAGCAUUCUGAACGCUGUGCAGCACAAUAUGGAAUGCUGUGGAAGAUACAAUGUUACACAGUGGGAAAGGAAUAAAAACAAGGAAAACAGUACUCUGAUCCCAUGUUCAUGCACAAAAUCCAGUCUGAAGAAAUGGUUUUGUGAUGUCCCAAAGGGUUCAAUGUACCGCAAGGGAUGUGAAGAACAUUUAAACACAUGGUUUGAAAACAAUGUUUUGAUCUUAACUGCAAUUACUGUCAGCCUGCUAAUUACACAGAUAUUUUUGAUCACACUGACUGGUCUGCUGUUUGGAAACAUCAGAAAGAAUAUUAUAUCUCCAUGACCUCUUCUGAGCAUUGCUGUGGUGCAAGAAUUAUCUGAUCCGUGCCUGUGACUGUCAAUGAAAUUGCUUCCACUAAAAUUUGGUUUGGGCUCUACAUAUUGUAAUCACUAGGAUAUUAACAUUUGGGGUUUAAUAUGUUUGUUUAUUGUUCAUGACUACGGAUAUGGUGGUAUGCUACAAAAUUGUGUGUAUUAAUGUCUGAAGUACUAUGUCAUUUAUUAGUUGGUUUAUAAAACUUCCUAAGAAGUUUAAUAGUAGUUUCCCGAGUCUCUGGAACAACUAGUUCAGAGUGCUGUGGAUAGUACUACAUAGUAUACUGCAUUUUAAAACACAAGGAACCCAUUUUCAGGGUCAGUCAAGAAAAAAUAUUUACUAAACAUUACUUAUAUUUCUUUAGGCCUUUACCUUUCGUUCCAGUCCUUCUCUGUUUUUUUCUUGUCUGCAGUGCAAUUUAAUUUUCAAAAAAUUUCAGUCUUAUUAGUACUGGACUCUUAGCAGCUUUUUUCUAACAAGUGUUGUAGUAGACAUCUUUUCUUCUUGCUGAAUGGCCUUUUCCAUUCAUUUAAAUGGCUUCAGUGGUUUAGGUGGACUAAGCUUGAAACCCUAAAACAUUCUUUAUCCUCUGAGCAGGGAGGUGAUUGAAAUAUUGUGAUGAGAGAUGAGCAAGGUGUGGUAUUACAAAUAAAGGUGGUGGCAUUUUUAAUUAUUUUUUGUCUAAGACUUCUUAUUUCAGUAAUUUAUUUUCUGAUGCCCAUAAAUUUGGUAAUUUCUUUUUAUUUAGUCUAAAAAAUUUACAUUUCAUGUGCCUAACACGGGCUGGAUUUCUUAUUUGGAGAGCUAAAAUUCAGAGGUGACUAGUGAGUUUGGAACAGAAUCUGCAUUCCUGACUUGUAUUUUUCGUUCUGCCACCAGCAAAAAUCUAAGAAACACAGUGAUGAAGUCCCUCAUCUUACUCAAAGGUUUAUCUGUGUUAGGAAUGGCAGAUACCUGUUACCUUGAUCUCUGUAAUGGUUUAAGAGAUUUUAAUCUUGUUAUUGAAGCAAUCCACUCUGAAAAUACAAUUCGAAGAAGAUACUAAAGUCCACAGUGUCAUGGUCAUUGCAGCUGAGAUCCUUGAUCUUUACAUUUCCAACCAGUUCCUCCUUGUGUGUAUCAGAAGCAGCAGACUAUCUUAUCUAGCUUGAUUCUUGAUCACCUGCAUUGACUCAGUAUUGUCAACACUGCAGAAAUGUCCUGGGUUGCUUGUGUGUGGUGGUGUAACUUUCUCCCUACUACUCCCCUCCCUCCUCCUUCCAAUCCUCUGGGCUGUUCCUCUAUCUCAUGAGUUUCUGACAGGCCCUGUCCUUUAUGUAAUGAAUUGGGUGGUAAAGCAUGCUUUGACUGAGGGACACUGCUCAAAGUUCACAAACUCUCAAGUUUGUGAUAACUGGAGGACUAUCAGGCUGUUGCUGAAAGAUGGAAUCUGAGCUGAAGUCAUCCACUCCUUGACCUUCACCCAUUGAGAAAUACUGAGACAUUAGAUGUGAAUACUGCACUGAUUCAACUGGAAUUUUUAACAGGUAUACUUUUAUGUGUCUUUAUGUAUGGGUGUGUGUACAGAUUGUUAUAGCAGUUGUAUUAAAUUCUAUUGACUCAAUUUAUAAGAUCCACCUUAAAACUGCAAACUGCUGCUAACUGAUAUUUGUAACCCCUUAGAUGAACAUCAUUGACCAAGUCUAAGACUAAGACUAGAUCCAGCCACACAUGGAUUCCAUCUACAGUUUAGAAAGCAAAGGUGUCCGAUCUGAAUCUCAUGAUUCAGUGGGAGGGUCCCACUUGCCCUUACUGCCUUCAGUGUCUGUAUCAAUCACCUUUAGCUCGAUUUUACCUUGAUUUUCCUUUGUAUACUUCAUCUAUGUAAUCAGUAAUAGAGUGAACCUGCCAUCAAAUUCUGUUAAGUCAUGCCUUUAUAAAUCAUAUUAAAACUGCUGUUCCUUAUACCUUUGCUGGUCAUUCUUUAAGCGACCCUAAACCACUCAUUUUGCAAUAUUGUACCAAACAAUGUUGUCUUUCGAGCAUGUGUCAGGUGGUUCCCUGAAGGCAGGGGCCAGCAACCAUGAGGCUUCCUCCUCCAGUUGCCUAAAGAAGACUUU